UACGGCGUUGGAAUCUUCUUUUGAUUGGACGCCGAUCAAAGAACACCAAAUAGUAAGACUUACUGUCAAUAACCUUUGACAUGUGUCAUUGCUUACGUGUCAGUCUUUCGGUCGCAAUCCGGGCUCAGCAAAUAGUACAAUUUAAAGCUUGUUAAAUAUUCCUAAAUUUAAUAAUAACGCCAUUACAUCGUUCAGUUAUAGUUUCCUUUUUAUGUAAGCAUAUGCGGCAGAUCCAAUGGAACUGCAAGCAUUGCUAGUGCUAUGCGGCGUUGGAGUGGCAGGGAUUGCAGUGCUGCUUCUUAUGGGCUUGUUUUCCACCUCGGGAACUAGCUAUGAAGAAGCUAUUGCUCAGCAGCGCAAAGCUACAAGUGAGCUACUUGCACUUGCUGAUGGCAAAAAUAAGAAUAAGAAGACCAAUAAGAAAGCUAAUAAGAAGCUAGCAAAGAAAGAGAGGAAUAAGGAAAUUGCAGCAGUGACAGGGAGUGAAGUUGAGAGUGAAGCACUGGCAGAGAGUGGUGCUGAUGAUGACUCCGUCCCGGCUAAACCUCACGUUGAAUUUUCCCCCCCUGUUGUGGUAGAAGUAGCAGCUGAUGAACCACCCCAGCUGGUUAAGAUCCGCAAACGCGGCAAGGAUCCUAAAGUAAAGCCAAUAUUAAUAAAUAAAGAGGAUCCGAGUUGCGUAAGCGAUCCGACUUCAGCGUCUACCAUCAAUGUCUCCAACCACUUUGAAGAAAUGCAACCCAAAGAUGAGUUCGAGUUGAUGCAAUCAUCACUUGUUGCCGAAAAAGUUCCCGAGAAGAAAGAAGAGGUAGUGGAGAAGAAAGAAAAGUCUAAGCAUGGCAAACAGAAGGCAGCUAAAACAUCGCCUGUCGAAACACCAAAAGAGGAGCAACGCGACAGAUCUGUUGAGGCACCAAUGGAACAAAGAAAAGCAAAAAAAACAGAGAAGAAGGCGCCAGUUGAAGUAGUGGAGGAGGUGGUGCCGCCGCUCAACCCGCCCCAACCGAGCGAGCUCACCACAGACAAGCUGCUCAAGCAGGCAAUACCCGCCCAGCCUGCCCCGCCCCAACCCGCCAAGAACAAGAAGAAGAAACACGAACAGAAUGUAUCGUCGCUCAUAGCGGCGGCAGGAGAGGGCGCGGCGGUGGGCGUGUCGGAGCUGGUGCGUGCGGUGCGCGCGGCGGCGCUCUCCCGCACCGAGGUCCAGAUACUGAUAGACGCGCUGCUCGACAGACACCACGAUCCCCUGCCGCAGCAUUCCGAUUGGACUGAGGGACCCAACGAUCCGAUGCAGAAGUUGAAGAAGCAACUGGCGGAGAAGGAGAAGGCUUUGGCGGAAGAGGUGGAGGCCUCGCAGGCGCUGCACGCCAAACUCAAGGAGCUUCGUACGAGUCUGAACGCUGAGCGCGCACGCUCAGCGGAGCUUGUGCGUGCGAGCGAGCAAGCGGCGACGAGCGGGCGCGCCGCCAUGCACACUCAGCAGGCGCGCCUGCAACGCCUCUUGGAGGACAACCGCGCACUCGCACAGGAAAAGAUCGUGCUCCAAGCGAAAUUGAGCGAGGAAGCUGAGGCCCAAGCGCAGCGAGUCCAAAUGGAAAUGCAUAUUCAAAGAUUGUCUGAGGCGGAGCAGACGCUGCUGGGUCAGCUGGGCGCGCUGCAGGCGGAGCUGCAGGCGCGCGUGGUCGACACCAGCCUGGCGCAGCAGCACGCCGCAGACCUCGCGCAGCAGCUGCAGGAGGCGCAGCGCGUGUGCGGCGAGUUGGAGCAGCAGCGGCAGUGCGCAGCGCACGCCGACCAGCUCGCCCAGCAGGAACUACGCGCCGAGCGGGACCGCCGCGCCGAACUUCAAAAUGAAGUGCAACGGCUCACGUCCCUGGCACAGAUAGCCGAGGCGGCCAUGGAGAAGGUGGAGGGUCUACAGAAAGAGAAAACUGAGCUGAGUAAGGAGGUGCGUGCGGUGCGCGAGCAGCUGGCGGGCGCGGAGAGCGAGCUGGCCGAGAUGCGAGCGAUGCGGGCGGCGCCUGCGCACAACGGCCUGCCCAACGACGACAAAGCUGCGGAGUUAAGUAAAGUGGAGAGCGUGGUGGCGACGCUGCGCGAGGAGCUGUCGGCAGCGCAGCGCAGCAGCGCCGAGCAGCAGGCGCAGCUCGCCCAGCUCCGCGAACAGCUGGCGAACCACGCCCGCAAGAACGACGAGUUGAGAACUAAAAAUUGGAAAAUAAUGGAGGCGUUACAAACUACCGAAAGGGCGCUGCAGGCGAAAUGUGCGGCCGCGCCGGCCCAAGACAUGCCUAACCAAGUUACAAAGGAGCAGGAGUCGAAGAUAAGCGAGGCCGUGAGCGUACUGAGCGCCGCGUGCCCGACCGCCGCGCCGCCCGCAGCCGCCGCCCCCGCCGCAGACUGGCUCCACACCUUCGCCAGUAACCUCAAGAAGGAGCUCCAGAAGAGAGAAGAGGAGAGGAAGCAACUCGAGGCGGAGCUCAGCAGCACGACGCCGAAGACUGAAGUCAAAAAGCAGCUCGAAGACAUGCAGAAGACGAUCAGAGAGAAGGAAUCAGAAAAGAAACAAGUAGAACAGGAAAUGAGGAGGAAGCUACAGGAAAAAGACGAGGCUAGAGUGAAAUUAGAGACUGAAUUGAGAAAGAAAAUAGAGGAGAGCGAGAAAGCUAGUAAAAAAGUAUUAUGUGAAAAUUCGAGUACAGACAACUCUCGGGUCACAGACCUGCUAGCACAAAACAAGCACCUGCAGAGUCUCGUGGACAAGUACAAGAGGGUUAUCGAUGAUACAGAGGGCGUGCUGAGCCGGCUGCAGGCGAACGUGUCGCGCGAGGAGCAGCGCUGGCAGCAGCUGCUCGCGGACAAGCAGCGCGAACUCGACCUGCUGCAGCAGACCACCGUGCUGCAGCUCCAGAGCAAGAUCGACACAUUGGAAGCUCAACUAAAGCAGGCACAAAAACCUAACCACAUAAACAAUUUUACAGACUCUGAAAGAAUCGCACAGGAGAAACUGAUGUCAGUGGGACUAACUGAAAAACUUGAUGUUCACAAUGGUCCAUUAGCGGUCGGCAAAUAACAAACAGACAACGUCUGCACAAAUUGUGAGAUAGAAAUACAGCGGCGGUCGCACGGCGCGCGCCGGUAGCGCCGCCCGCCCCGCCCCUAGAGGCUAUCACACCAACUUCAUGCGUGAAAACUUGCCAAUUAAAAUUUAACCUUACGCACGCUAAAAAUAAGAUUUGUGUAAAGUUUAUUCGUCCGGGCAUCACAAGAAUAAACUUUGCUUAUAUUUAGUACCGUCUGCCGACGCGCGACCGUUGAAUUCUAUUUGACAUGUAUUGAAGCACGUGGACUGAUGUGAGCCGCUAAGUAACCGCCACUGCCGCAGUGAUCGCAUACAAAGUUCAAAUUUAAAGUCGCAGUAACCCAGUUGUUCGACCCCACACAAAACCGAUGUUCAAAUACUAUUCAUUGUAAAGAUCGAGUAGGUGUGCUACUCUUAAAAUAAUAAAUCAGCUUAUAUAAUUAUUUUUAAGUCAAUGCAAUUAUAACAUAUUAGUUGUAUCAUAGUUAAAAUGCUUUUAAUGUAAGUAAAUCGUAUCAAUUGAUUUUGGUAACGACUUACUUUAGCAUAAUUGUAAAAUCGA